CUCUAACCUCACGAAACCUAACAAGAAGAAGAAGAAGAGAAAUUCCGGCAAGGAAGGGAGGGAGGGAGAAGUCGUUGGUGCGGGGGAGAUUGAUUUCGCGGGAGGGAGGGGAGCUCGAGAGGCGGUGAUUCGGGGAGUCGGCAGGGUGGCGCCGGGUGCGGCGGCGGCGGGGGCGGCCGUCGGGGGGAUGGCGGCGGCGGCGGCCGAGAGGCAGCUGGUGGUGGCCGUGGAGGGGACGGCGGCGCUGGGGCCGUACUGGCCCGUCACCGUGGCGGACUACGUCGAGAAGAUCGUGCGGAGUUUUUGUGCACAUGAAAUGGCAGGACAGAAGCUCGCAGGGACACCCCCUGAACUUGCAUUAGUCGUCUUCCAUACCCAUGGUCCUUAUAGCGCUUUUUGUGUGCAACGGAGUGGAUGGACAAAAGAUAUGAAUGUGUUUCUUUCAUGGUUAUCUGGAAUAUCAUUUAGUGGUGGAGGCUUUAGUGAAGCUGCUAUUUCUGAAGGUCUUGCUGAAGCAUUGAUGAUACUCCAAGGCAGUUCUAGUAACAGUCAGAAUCAUCAAAGCCAUGAAGUACAAAAACAUUGCAUACUUGUUGCAGCAAGUAAUCCUUAUCCACUGCCUACGCCUGUCUACCGCCCCCUUGUUCAAAGUAGCGAUCACAAGGAGAACAAUGAUGGAGCAAAAGAAUCUUGUCUUGCUGAUGCUGAGACUGUUGCAAAAUCAUUUGCUCAGUGCUCCGUUUCAUUGUCGGUGGUAUCUCCUAAACAGCUUCCAACUCUGAAAGCAAUAUACAAUGCGGCAAAGAGGAAUCCUCGAGCGGCUGACCCAUCAGUGGAUCAUGCAAAAAAUCCACAUUUUCUUGUUUUGUUGUCUGACAAUUUUUUGGAGGCUCGAACUGCUCUAAGUCGCCCUUUACCUGGCAACUUGGUCACAAAUCACCCCAUUACAAAAAUGGAUACAGCUGCAACAUCUGUGCCAGUACCAACUUCAAAUGGCAACCCCUCAGUUAAUGGACCUAUGCUUACCCGCCAACCAAAUGGUGUUGUUGCAAAUAUUAAAACGGAGCCAACAACUUUACCGCCCAUGGUUUCUGCACCUGCUUUCUCGCAUGUAACACCUGUUGCAAAUGGUGUUUCACAAGGAUUAUCAUCAGUACAAAGUCCCUCACCGUCCCUUAUUUCACAGGAAACUAAUCUUGCAAAUGAUAGUGUGCAAGAACAUAAGCCUUUAAUAAACCCUAUCCAACAGUCAAUUCGACCUGGUGGUCCAGCAAAUGUCAGCAUCCUCAACAAUCUAUCACAGCAUCGGUCAGUGGCAACCAUUAUAUCAGGUGGAAUGCCUGGCAUCCCUAUGUCUGGAACAGGACAGUCAAUUGGUAGUCAACAAGUCGUACAAAACACUGCUUUUGGAUCAAACACACCCAUAACAGGCAAUUCAAAUAUUGCUGUGUCAUCUUCUUUGGGUGGCAUCCAAAGCAAUAUCGGUAUAUCAGGGCCUCCUGUGACACAGGGAGGUUCAAUGGGUAGUACGCAAUUGGGACAAGGUGGAAUCAAUACAAACCAAAAUAUGAUAAGUAGCCUUGGGACAACAACUGUCUCUUCUGCACCUGCAAUGAUGCCAACACCAGGGAUGGCUCAACAGGCAGGUGUAAAUUCUCUUGGUGUGACCAACAGUUCUGCCAUGAACAUGCCUAUAGUGCAGCAUCCUAAUGCGCAGCAGCAGCAACAGCAACAGCAACAGCAGCAGCAGCAGCAGCCACCGCCGAAGUACGUCAAAAUUUGGGAGGGAACUUUAUCUGGGCAAAGGCAAGGACAACCUGUAUUUAUCUGUAAACUUGAAGGUUACAGGAGUGGAACAGCAUCUGAAACACUUGCAGCAGACUGGCCUGAAACAAUGCAGAUUGUGCGCCUUAUAGCUCAGGAGCAUAUGAACAAUAAACAAUAUGUUGGAAAAGCAGACUUUCUAGUAUUUCGGACAUUAAAUCAGCACGGCUUCCUUGGGCAACUGCAGGAAAAGAAGCUGUGCGCAGUGAUUCAACUGCCUUCGCAAACUUUGUUGUUGUCAGUGUCAGACAAAGCUGGGCGCCUCAUUGGCAUGCUGUUCCCUGGGGAUAUGGUGGUGUUUAAACCGCAGGUACCAACCCAGCAGCCACCAAUGCAGCAACAACAGUUACAACAGCAGCAGAACCAACUACAACAGCAGAAUCAGCUCCACCAGCAGCACCAGCUGCAACCACAGAACCAGCUGCAACAGCAACACCAGCUGCAACAACAGUUACAACAGCAGCAACUACAACAACACAUGCAACUGCAGACACAAGGCCUUCCGCUUCAGCAGCAGCAAUCCCAAGGCCAUCCGCUUCAGCAGCAGCAGAUGCAGCAAAUGCAGCAACAACAGCAGCAGCAGCAGAUUCAGCAAAUGCAGCAGCAGCAGCAGAUGCAGCAGAUGCAACAGCAGCAGCAGCAGCCCCAACAGCUUCAGCAGCAGCAGCAACCGCAGAUGGUCGGCACAGGGAUGGGGCAGCAGCAACCACAGAUGGUCGGCACGGGGAUGGGGCAGCAGCAACCGCAGAUGGUCGGCGCAGGGAUGGGGCAGCAAUACAUGCAGGGGCACGGUAGGACGGUGCAGCAGAUGAUGCAAGGGAAGAUGGCGCCGCAGGGUCCAGGAAGCAUGCCGGGUGCAGGGAGCAUGCCUGGGGGUGGCUACCUAUCUUGAAGCACCUGAUAGCCUGAAUGCCAGAAGAAUAAGUGGGCAAUUUAACCCAGCCCUUUUGGCUGCACAAGCUAUAUAGCUCAUGGAUUACUUGCCCAGCAUCCUAGGUAAUUUUCCCACCUUAGUGUGGGAUACAUAGUAGGUGUUCUCAGUAGUUUGGUUUUGGCUGUGAUGUUUUACCUGUAGAUAGCGUCUUGGAGCCUACACGGCCUCAUGUUGUGUUUUGUGUAGCUUCUUUUGAUGUCACUGCCUUAUGCUUAGCUUGUAGCUGCUGGAAGCAGAUCAAAUUUAAAGGAUUAAUUAAUUAAUAGUAACUCUGUUUAAGGAUUGAUUGACCAAUUUCACUUGGGAGCCUCCCAAAUAAAUAUGACUGCCUUAGGAUUUUUCAGCUUUGUAA